UUCCCCUAUUUAGUACACGUGUAGAAUGGCAGCCGUGUCUUUCUAGAGAAAGUGACAAAAAGAAAGAAACAAAAAGAUGCACGCGUUGGUUAACGUAUUUGUUCGUUGUCUCUAUUUUCUCCUCCCUCCCUCUUGGCUUCAUCUCGGGUUUUGCUGGUGGGAUGAGUGUGGAAAGAUGCCAUGGCCCAAUCCCAGAGCUCGUUUCAAAAGCAAAAAGCCUCUUACAUAUCAGGAAGUAACAACACAAGACGGCUUCAUCCCCUCGGUCUCCCCAGCUUCUAGCUGCGUCUCGCUAGCUGCUAGCUCCACGCCACCUCAGGGUUCUCCGUGGGGUAGAAUUUGGGGGCUCUGGCACGCUGUGGAGCGCAUCUUCGGAGCUCCCUUGGCCGUCCACCAGCGCUGGUGUCAAAGGCGUAGAGGUUUAUGUGCCCCAUAUCCUGGCGCUUUCAAUUGCUGUAGUACGAGAAACACAGGCUUUAAGGAAAGCAACGCUGUAGCCGAGGAGGAAGCAAACGAAUCGGGAGAAAACUCGUUUAUUUCGGGUAAAAUGGCCAGUGCCACAAUGGAGUUUCAGACCCAUAUCGAAUCUGUAUCAGAUUCGUCGACGGGACGGGAAAUUGAUGAAGUGAUUAUUGUGGAUCAACACCUGCAGGAGAUGGGGACUCAAGUUACCAUAACAGUGGCUAUUCAGGCAGCUGAAGACGAGGAACCAGAUGAGGAGGUGUCCUCAAACAAUUUAGAUUUCCUCGGAGGAAGCUGUAGUGAAGACGAAAUCGGAAGACAUGAUAAGUCCAGUGGCGCUGGGACUAGUGGUGGGGAGCUAGAGGAGGAAAGCUGGCAGCCUCCAGACCCUGAGUUGACACAGAAGCUGGUGGCCCAAAUCGAGUACUACCUGUCGGAUGAGAACCUGGAGCACGAUGCCUUCCUUCUGAAACAUGUCCGACGCAACAAACUAGGCUUUGUCAGUGUGAAAUUGCUCACCUCCUUCAAGAAGGUGAAGCACUUGACGCGAGACUGGAGAACAACUGCAUAUGCUCUGCGCCACUCAACAAUACUUGAACUUAAUGAAGAGGGGCGCAAAGUCCGUCGCAGAUCAACAGUGCCUGUGUUUGCCAGUGAGUCUCUGCCAAGCCGCAUGCUGCUGCUCAGUGAUCUGCAGAGCUGGCCUGAGCUCGGCGUGGUGAUGGAGGCGGGGGCUGGGGACGGGAGCAGUGAGGGCGGAGCUACCCAGCAGGAGCAACUGAUGAAGCUGCUGCUGAAAGCGUUUGGAACGUUUGGCGCCAUUGCAUCUGUUAGGGUGCUGAAGCCAGGAAAGGACCUACCAGCUGACCUGAAGAAGCUGAGCGGUCGUUACACACAGCUGACCACUGAGGAGUGUGCCAUCGUGGAGUAUGAGGAGGUGGAAGCUGCGGUCAAAGCCAACGAGGCUGUCGGGAGCGAUGAGGGAGUGGGAUCACUUGGGCUGAAAGUGGUGCUGAUCGGGACAAAGCCCCCCAAGAAGAAGGUUCCUAAAGAUCAGCGUCAACGCGAGGAGGGAGUGGGAGGGAUGAGAAAGAGCCGCUCACUCAACAGCCGGGUACGGGAGCUUCAGUAUCACGAAGACUCUGCGUGUAGCUCUUCAGAGACUGAGAGCAACCCUACCUCCCCUAGACUGGCCCGCAAGUCCCGAUCUGUCAAUAAGUUAAGCCCCACUGGAGGGGGUGCCAGCUUCCAGAACAAUCACCUGAGCCCAGUGGUGUCUCCACGCACCAGCCCCUGGUCUAGUCCCCGGGCCAGCCCCUGCUCCCCACGCAAAUCUCCCCAUUCCCAUAAGUCUCCUUUGGCUACUGAGGGUAGACUAAGCCCUGAGGCUGGUCGCCGCUGGGCGGACUACUCCUCUGACAGCAGCCUAACCCCAUCGGGAAGCCCCUGGGUCCAGAGGCGCAGGCAGGUGGCCUCCCAGGAAAGCAGCCCAGUAGGGAGCCCAAUGCUGGGCCGAAAGAUCCAGGGUGCAGACGGGCUUCCGCCUGGUGUGAUGCGGCUACCGCGUGGGCCUGAUGGAACACGCGGGUUUCACUGUAACGUGACCGCUGGUGUCACUGAGAGGGGAGAGAAGACUGCUGCCACCCAAACCUAACACUCGUACCCCCUAUGGCCCCAGUUCUACUACAGCACACAGCAAUGAGAUUUGAUCCAGACCUUUGACCACUACAUUGACAUUCUUUAUGAUGUUUGUCACCCAUCCCACAUUGAAUGAUUGUAGAUUAGUUUUGAGUGUUAUGGUUGGAGUUGUCUGUACUUGUUAUGCUUUUUAUACAAUAUUUUGGUUAAAAUAGGGUGACGCCUAAUUUAUGAAUGCUUUAGAUUGAUUUUGAGUUCAAUAUUAAUUUAAGGGAGACCUAACAAAUUCAAAAUUAAGUACUGUAUUCUGUACCAGAGUAAUGCUUUUGUCACCUCCAUUGUUAUCUGAAGUGUUAUUUGUGGGGUGGGGUGAAGACAAGCUUCCAUGUACCCUAUUUUGCUUUUUUAUUGAAGUGUCUUCUGUCUUAAGUGUGUGUGGAAAUCUCAACAUCUUGUCUGUAUGUUGUAAAUGUAUAAAUGGUGUGAACAGUGUUACGGGCACACACGUUGAUAUUAAGAUAUCACAAUAUGCCUUUUGCUAUAUUUGUCCAUUAGGAGUAUCAAUGUUACUAUCUCUUCAAACUGUGGCCAUAAUCUCCCCUGCCAUAAGGUUGAAUUGUCAUUACACAUGGAGUCAUUUUCUAGUUUUCCUUAUUUUGCCUUUUAAUUUAUCUUUCCUGUAUGCCUUGGCAGUCUAACUUAAGCUUCCAUUGUAGGGGUUACUCUCCUAGCUCUUAAGUGAAAAUACUGGAUUUGGGGAGCCCUUCCUUGGCUGGAAUCUGUUUCUAUCAGUGUGUAGCAUGCUGGUAGUGGGGUAUAAAAGGGAAGCAAUGUUUAACUUUGCGUGAAAAAUACAAAUGCUCUUUAACUCUUGACAUGUUGAGCAUUUCUUAUUGUAAAAAAUAAAUCACUAAAAUUGCA